AGGGAGGAAAGCGCAGCGCGAGUCCUCGCAUGCCUGCCUUCCACCUCCGCAGUGAGUUUCUGCGCCUUCGGGCGGAUUCGGAGAAGGCGCGCGCGUGGCCCGGCCGGGGUGCACGCUGCCAGUCUGGUUUCUGCCUCCUGCACCCAAGUGCCCAGUGGCAGCCCCUGAGUUUCUCUCCACCGCAGUUCUGGCCACCUUAACAGAGCUUCGCGGAUGGCCCACUCCGCACAAAAGCCCCUUCAGGGCCUCCGCUCCCUUCUUCCAUUCCUCAGGUCGCAAAUGCGAGCGUUUGGCCAGUUGCGGUCCCUCCACAAGGGACCCCGGUUACUUUUGCUCUUCUUGACUGUCCCCUCCCCCCUUCCCAAGAGACCAGUUUCUUCUCGGCCUAGAAAGAAAGUUUCAGGUUUCUGAAACAGAUCGCGAACUUCGUCGAGAAAAUUCAGUUGGAACAUCAAGACUGGCACACUCCUUUUCCUCAGACAAUAGGCAGGAGCCAGCCAGAGCCCAGGAAUUCUUGAAACACCUCUCUUCCAUUUGGAGGACACUAAGUUUUAUUUGACGACAAAGGCAGUUCAAUAUGGCAGCAGGACUGAAGGGACACGAAGGAGUUGUUACAGUGAUUUGGUGACAGUUCUUCCAACAACAGUGUCUUAAGGGAAGGUGGAUCAAGAAAACCCAGAACUUUGGGGUUGCAUUGAGAACUCGGCAUGGCUCAGGUAAAAAGCUCUAGAGUCCUCCUCCUUCAAGAUAACUGGGAAGCGUGUUUGCAGUUUCGCUCUUAAAUGCUGCCUUAGUCAACAUACUGACCAACCCAGUGAGCCAAGCUCUGUAUUAAGCACCAGGGGGAGAUCUAGAGGAAGGAAAGGAGACAGGCCACAGCCCCUGCCUUCAGGGAGUUUCCAGUCAAAUGAAGGAGGCAAGUCUCCUGGCUUGUGAAGGCCUAGCAGGUGUGAGUUUGGUUCCCACUGCAGCCAGCAAGAAGAUGAUGCUGAGCCAGAUUGCCAGCAAGCAGGCCGAGAACGGAGAGCGGGCAGGUAGCCCUGAUGUGCUGAGGUGCUCCAGUCAGGGCCACCGAAAAGACAGCGAUAAGUCCCGGAGCCGCAAAGAUGAAGACAGCUUGGCUGAGGCCUCUCAUUCAAAAAAGACUGUUAAAAAGGUUGUAGUAGUGGAACAAAAUGGUUCUUUUCAAGUAAAGAUUCCCAAAAAUUUUGUUUGUGAACACUGCUUUGGAGCCUUUCGGAGCAGUUACCACCUCAAGAGGCACAUCCUUAUUCAUACCGGUGAGAAGCCAUUUGAGUGUGAUGUAUGUGAUAUGCGCUUCAUUCAGAAGUACCACUUGGAGCGUCACAAGCGUGUGCACAGUGGUGAAAAGCCCUACCAGUGUGAACGGUGUCAUCAGUGUUUUUCUCGGACAGAUCGAUUACUCAGACACAAACGGAUGUGCCAAGGGUGCCAGUCCAAGACUUCCGACGGGCAGUUUUCUCUAUAGGCGCAAGGGGCCCUGGGUGGUGGGAGUGAUGAGAAGAAUCUACCGAAGAACACACCCUCCUCUGGUCUGACGGUCCCACCACCACCCCGUGUGUACCUGUCCCCUCCUGGAGGAGUGGACCUAGGAGACCAGAAGAGUGCAUCAGGGGACAACAGCCCCAGAGCCUCAGCUCUGUAAAUAAUCUGAGACUAUGAGUAUCUCGGGGAAGUUCCUACAGCAUUCCUGGGCAGGAAAGCUAGUCCCUGGACCCUUGGCUGAGGUCAUAGGUGGGGGACUCAAGGUACAGGACCAAGACUGAAAUGUGGCUCCCACAACCUUGGACUCCAACUGGCAGCUGAAAUGAAAAAGAUUGGGAGAGGGAUUUGUUUAUUUGUUUGUCCUGUUCUUAUUUUUGUUUAUCCAAAAGCAAUUUCAGCAGGUACACUGUGGAUACAGGUAAUCUGGAGGUAUAGAACCAUGGCCACGGGGACGAUGGGUGGUCCAGCCCUCCAGAAUUGAGUUUUUAGUUGCAAUUGAUCCUCAGUGUUCCACAGCCCUGCCCCUUACCUCCUGUUUGAAGGAGAAUAGGAUCAGGGAUGGCAGCUGAGCUUACUUUGGCUUCCUUAUACACUGUAGGGACAAAAGGAAGAACAGUAGGAGGAGCAGACGAGGGCUGGAUCCAAGAAGAGUUGACAGGUACCUGUUAUUUCCUCUGGGGAAGAGUAAGAGUUGUGCCCAUGGAUGUUGUAAUGAACCAUGCCACACUGGUACCUAAUGGGGUCAGCCUAAGUGCCUUUUGGAGGAAACUUGGGUGACAGUGGCUCAUGAAGCCCUUUCCUUCUCUCUUUGGGCAGUUGACCUUGGAAAUAGUCUGUGGCUACCUCGCUGCCAUUGAUUCCUAAGCCAAACAGGGUUGUUGAGCCAGGGAGUCAUGGAUAUCAAAGUAGUUCUUCCUCCUUGUGCCCUCUUUGGAACCACCCAAGACUAGUCCUAAGUUGAGUAACAGCUGUUCAGGAAACAAAGGAAUUUGGUGUCCCUUGACAUGACAGUUGAGCAGUGUGAGCUGUUCUCUCUGCCCAAGUCCUAUCACUGUAUUCAGGUAGAGGAGAUAGGGGUCUGGCCUUUGGUCCCAAAGAACAAGAUCUUGGCUUCCUUCUUGAUGGCCAUCCCUACCCAACAAAGAAUUGGGGGGAGUAGAAGAGCUGCAGAGAAAGGACUGAGGAUGAAACCUAAUGUAGGUUUUAUUCUUAACCAUACUCUUUGCUUCUCUCUGCUCCCAACACCAUCAUCCUAUCCACCCUCAAAAAAAUGAUCUGGGGUGUGUGUGUGUGAGUGUUGGUGUUUGUGUGCUUGGAGACGGCAUAUUAUUGAGCCAGGCUCUUCUCUGGCCUCUGCACAGGGGAGGAUGAGCAUGAAACAGCCUCCCCCGCCCCAAACCUGAGGGUGUGUAAGGUUCCAGCAGGACCUGAGAAACUCAAUUUAGGGAACGGGAGGGCUUUGUUUUGGAGGUGUUUUUGUUUUGUUUUUGUUUUUAGAUUGAUUCAACAGAGUGGGGGUUAGAUGUUUCUAACUUAUGCCAGGAGCUUGUGAACGUGAAUUUUCUAAAGUGAAAUGAAAAGCCCUCUUCCUGCUAAGGAAAGGAUCCUUAUGGAAGGCCUGGGGUUUGUGGCCUGUGUUCUGUGGCCUGCCCUGACCUGUGGAAUGAGGAGUAAUCAUGGAGACUUGAUGAACCUGACCAAGCUGUCAGUGGGGAUCCUAUGGCCUCUAGGAAAUGUGAGUUCUUUCCCAGAAAGUGUAGGGAACAGCAGCAACAUACUCCUGGCUGUUACCUAUUCUGGAAGAGAGCAUGGGGGAGUGGGGCAGCCCUCUGUACCUCGGAGGUGUGAGGAUCUCAGGGAAAGAGGAAAGGGGCAUGACACCUUUUAGGUUUUUCCUGAGAGCAUCUGAGAUCCUUUGGGGAGACCUUGGGGAUGUGUGUGCCGCCCUGUGCUUUAGGCUGGCACUCCCAGGGGUUGUGUCAGAAUCGCCCUGUGGCCCCUGUGAGGGCAUUUUUCUGCAUGUGAGCCAGCCCCUUCCUGGGAGAGUGCUCUGCUCAGGCUGGAAUUUGUCUAUUGUUCGCCUCUGGGAAUAUGUUCUGGGAAGGAGGAUACGUUUAGAAAAUUGUCCUCCCAAGAGCGCUUUUGAAAAUGGGAGGCCUCGCUCCCUGCCACUGGGUUGUGGGUUGGGGUGGGUGGGUGUGGAGAGAAGCACGUGAGUGAUCCAUGCCCCUAUGUGUGUGAAUGUGUGUUUAGGUCAGGAUGUGCCCUAGCCCCGACAGGCCUCACUUCCUGCCUGAGGGGGUGGGAGAGGGGAAAUUAAGUGGAUAUGUAGAGCCAUACCAGAACCACCCCUGCCAACGCCUGGGUGUGGGGGAGACCCAGGAGCAGGGGGUUAGUUUGGUUGUCCAGGUGCUGAUGUUCUGGGGCCAUGGAUGUAUAAGGAGAGGGAAGCAAAGAGGUGAAAGGAGUGAUUUAGCGCCCGUGGGGGGGUGGGCAGGAGCCCCACUUAUCCCCCAGGGAAACCAUAGACUAAGACCGCGGCAAAGGCUCCUGGGCCCAACACCCCACCCUUUGUUUGCUGGGAUGGGGUCUAGCACUGGAAAGAUGCCUCAGGUGUGUUUGGAGUGAAGGGAAAGGGAGAUAGGGCAGGCUCUCAGAGACCAGGCUGUGGAAUUGGACCCGGGAAAGAGUAGCCCCAGUUCCUGGGUGAACUGCUAUACCAAGCCCUACCAGCCCUGCCCUUCCCAGCACCCCAAGUCUUUUUCGUCCACCCCCAACAGCCUCUUGUCAUCACUUAGCUACUGAUUGUGCCCCACGGCUUGACAUCGGAGGGUUAAGAGACACAGAGUCCCGCCACGACUUUUACUAGUAACCCUCUCCUCAGACUCUGCCUCUGCUGUAGCUCUGGGGCUUUUAUCUUAAUCCCUCCUACCUGCCUCACCACCCACCCUCUCUCUCUCUCUCUCUCUCUCUUUUUUUUAAUAUACUUAUUUUGCUAUGGGGGGUGGGGAAUAUCAAAUGAACAAGAUCACUUUUAAAUGGUAGUUUUUAUAAGAUGUUAUAAACUUGUAUCUUUUUACCAUUAAAGUGCAGUGUAUGUUCCUUCGUGAUAUAUUUAGGAUAUUUAAAUAAAAAGAAAAUGGGGCUUUUUUUACAUACUA